AUGGCAGCCGACGUCUCAGCGACAGGCCUGGAAUCCCUGAUAUCGAAGAACGCGAGAGCUACGAAGCUCGCAUAUGCAGAUUCGACAGGUCGCAAGCGGAUCCGACUCGACCCCUCAGCCGGCCCCGAGCCGGAAGCUGACAAGGACGCCAUCUCAAUACGCCUACACGCCGAGUACAACGAUGUCCUAGAACUGCCCGCGCCCCUUGCCGCGAAACAGGCUGCCGCAGCCGGCGCAAGGAAGAAGGCAAAGAAGACAGCAGGGGAGGCAGCGCCAACGCCAGCCGAGGAGAACACCAGGAAGCUGAUAGAGGGGAUACCGUCCAAGGCGCCAAAUGGAAGGCCAGGGGCUGGGCCGCAAUCCAACGCCCUCGUGCGUCGGACGCCGGGCGCACCUGGCGCUGGCGGGGCCGGUGACAGAGGCCAGGGGGGUACACAGACGACAAGCCUAAUGCGCUUGUCGGAGGCCGUGAAUUCGCAACCCAAACCAGACUGGCACAAGCCAUGGAAGCUGCACAAGGUCAUCUCGGGCCACCUGGGAUGGGUGCGCAGCGUCGCGGUCGAGCCGAACAACAAGUGGUUUGUGUCGGGCAGCGGCGACAGGACGAUCAAGGUGUGGGAUCUGGCGUCUGGGCAGCUGCGGCUGACGUUGACAGGCCACAUCAGCACAGUUCGGGGCCUGGCAGUUUCGCCCAGGCAUCCGUACCUGUUCUCGUGUGGCGAGGACAAGAUGGUCAAGUGCUGGGACUUGGAAACAAACAAGGUCAUUCGGCAUUACCACGGCCAUCUUUCGGGCGUCUAUACUCUAGCACUACACCCCACUUUGGAUGUGCUGGUCACGGGUGGAAGAGAUGGUGUUGCAAGAGUAUGGGAUAUGCGGACCAGGAGCAACAUCCACGUCCUCAGCGGCCACACUGGCACGGUCAGUAGCAUACUCUGCCAGGAGGCCGACCCUCAGGCAUUCGUGCGCUGGCGUCACAUCCCAUCCGAGUUUACAUUCGCCACCGGAAGCACCUCCAGCAUCAAGCAGUGGAAGUGCCCUGAAGGCGCAUUCAUGCAGAACUUCGAGGGCCACAACGCCAUCAUCAACACGCUCUCCGUAAACAAUGAUAACAUCAUGUUCUCCGGGGGUGAUAACGGCUCUAUGAGUUUCUGGGACUGGAAAUCCGGGUUCCGUUAUCAAGCAAUGGACACCAUCGCCCAGCCAGGCUCGCUCGAUGCCGAGAACGGCGUGUUCUGCUCAACGUUCGACCAUUCCGGAUUGCGGCUCAUCUGUGGUGAGGCGGACAAGACGAUCAAGAUAUGGCGUCCGGACGACGACGCCACGCCCGAGACUCACCCGAUCGACUGGAAGCCGACCAUGCAAAGGCGGCGGUUCUGA